GAGCGAGUGUAGAGGCGCUCCCGGGUGCAAGAGGCAGAUCAAUAGGCGAGCGUCGUGUACCCUGGCCCCGGUCGGCGCGCAGCGGUGGCGCCGAGGCACUCGCUGCCCGCUCGUCGCACCAUUAUCACGUCUUUGUUCAAAACAUUUUGCACUUCAAUCACGAAGACAUCAUUAAACAAUGGAGAUCAAACAUUGUUGGUGGAUGCUGGCAGGUGUAAUCCUCAUAUCUUUGGCAUUUGCAUCGGCGGAGGGGGAAGUUUGGGAAGAAAGGGAGCACGAGGUCCUUAUCCGCAGUGAAAGGGGGGCUAAAAAUAGAGAGACGUGUCGUUACAUGCGUGGCGCGUGGAGCGAAUGUGAUUCUAAGACCAAUAUCCGCUCUCGCAAACUGACGCUGAAGAAAGGCAACCCAGCAAGUUGCGAGCCCGUGAAAACAAUUCAGAAGAAGUGUAAGAAAGCUUGUCGCUACGAGAAGUCUUCAUGGAGCGAAUGCAGCCCCAAUGGCGAAAUGUCCAGGACUGAUUUGUUGAAGGCCAACAGCGAUCCGUCAUGUGAUCAGAGUAGGCGCAUCACAAAAAAAUGUAACAAGAACAAACAAGUCAAAUCCACUAAGGACAAAGGCCGCCGAAAUCGUCAAUAAGAGCAUCACCUGAGAUUUCGUUUAGACUUAUCAUUUUUAUUGUAAUAAACGAUAUUUGUUUGCCGGUUAUAAUUUAUGUAAUAGUGCCAAAUAGUAAACAUGAUAAAUCGUUUUCAAUGUUUCAUUAUAUUUGUAAGAAUAAAUUAGCUACAAUGUAACAGAACAAUUUACCAUUUAAUAAAUUGUGAAUGAAUAUUAAACAUUUCAAAUAGGUAUUA